GUGGAGGAUAGGGAUUCUUGGAGAUGUCUCAUCCACGGGGUCACUAUAAGUUGGAACCAACUUGAGGGCAGCUAACAACAACAAUACGUGGCACCAUAUAGAUAUAUAGUGAUUGUGUAAUUAUUAUUUUCUUUAUAGUACUCUAAACAACCUGAUAAGGCCUUAUGAAUUUUCUACUUAGGAAGUUCUUCAAAACUAUACAUUGUCUAUGGUGGGCUUGGGACUGACUUCUAGCAGGGUAUCAGGGCAAGACUGUGAGCCAAAUGUUCAGGCCUUUAUGCACAGAAUAAGCAGAUGUAUCCAAAAAGGCAGCCAGGCUGGCAUGUCAUCUUUUGAAACUAAUGAAGCAAUGCCAGAGCUUGGAGAGGUUAUUCUGGGGGCUAUAACUCCAAGAUAUGGGAAGAUGCAGUCCAAAACAAGUAACAAUGCUGGGCUCUGAUAAAUACAUACUACCAUCUGAAGUUGAGUACAGAGUUUAAACAAGAUUUUCUAUGGCAGUAGAUAACACACACACACAGUGUGUGUGUGUGUGUGUGUGUGUGUGUAUUACAAUCACACAAAGACGUUUUUAAGAUUCUCACAUCAUUAGGAAGGUCAUACAGGGAACUUAGGGGUGUUCUUGCUGACAGAGUGCCUAGCGUGCAAGCAAGUUCAUCCGGGAAUACACCCCACCCUGCUAUUAAAAAUCUACACACCUUGCCAAGCAUCUGCUUGGACAGAACAGCAAACCUCAAAAAGCAAGAGACAGCCAAAGGAAAGAAAAGAAUAUUCACAGCUCAAGAAGGGAGUGAAAUUGACAGAUGAUGGGUGUUGAAUCUCAGUUGGAAACCUGGCCUGCUGAGUUAAUCAAACGUGCAACACUGGUGGAAGUUGAAGGAGUCUCUUUAACCAAUGAUGUGGCAGAGAACUGGGAUGCCCUAUGGGCCUUCAAAGCCCGGCCUGAUGACCUUCUCAUUUCCACUUAUCCCAAAGCAGGGACCACUUGGAUUCAGGAAAUUGUGGACAUGAUUCAGCAUGGAGGUGACUCACAAAAAUGUGCUCGGGCCCCUAUCUACUCCCGAAUCCCCUUCAUAGACCUGUUUCCUCCACCUCCCAUACCUAAAGGCUUGGAUGAGGCAGAAGCAAUGCCCUCUCCACGAACAAUCAAAACUCACCUCCCAGUUCAGCUUGUGCCACCUUCCUUCUGGGUGCAGAAUUGCAAGAUGAUUUAUGUGGCCAGAAAUGCUAAGGACAAUGCUGUUUCCUACUUCCACUUCCAUCGCAUGAACCAGGGGAUGCCAGAGCCAGGCACCUGGGACCAGUUUCUGGAGAAUUUCCUUACUGGACAAGUUGCCUGGGGCUCUUGGCUUGACCAUGUUUGUGGCUGGUGGGAGGCCAAAGACCGCCAUCCCAUCCUAUAUCUUUUUUAUGAAGAUAUGAAAGAGGAUCUAUCCCGAGAAAUCCAGAAGGUAGCCCAGUUCCUUGGAAUCCAGCUCCCAGAUCCAGUUCUGAAGCAGAUUGUACAGCACACAGCAUUUGAGAGCAUGAAAACAAACCCAAUGGCAAAUUACAGCACCUUGCCUGCUUUCAUCAUGGACCAAGAUGUAUCACCCUUCAUGAGAAAAGGCAUAGUAGGGGACUGGAAGCAGCACUUCACUGUGGCUCAAAGUGAACGGCUGGAUGAUAUCUUUGCACAGAAACUACAGAGCAAUGGCUUGACCUUCCGCAGCCAGUUAGGAAUGCAAUGUUGAGUUUCUCAGGAAGAUUUUCAGUGAAAUGUCCACUGAAUCAACAAGAAAGGAAAAAGCUGAAUUUUGUGUGUAUGUGUGUUCAUUCUUCUCUUCUGGAUUCUGUUUUCUCACAAUGAGACUGAAGAGCACUGGAAGGUAGUUUUCUGGGUUUUGUGGCCACAUUCUGGAAGAAUUAAUUCCUGAUGUUUUGCCUGCCCCUCUGAAGAUGCCAGCCACAGAUGCAGGCAAAACGUCAGGAAUUAAUUCUUCCAGAACACGUCCACAUAGCCUGGAAAACCCACAGAAAACUAUGGACACCAGCCAUGAAACCCUUCGACGUCAAAGCUCUGGAAAACUUUAUGUACGCAGUCCACAAAUUCUGGCAUGUUGUACUAAAAUGGUAAAGCUUUGAUUAUGAAUAAUAGGUUGCAAGUUUUGUCUGAAGAUCAGCCUAAAUUAAAUGAGUUUGGAGCCUUUAUGUAUGAGAAAAGAAAUCCUAAAUGGAGUAGGAGAGCAGCGGCUUUCUCUGUGCCUCUCCGCAUGACGUUAUAGCACUUCUGUUCUUCUUCCUGAGGGAGGUGGUCAUAAAAGUGUGGCUUUUGUCAAAUGGAUAUUUUCAGCAAGACAAAAGACACACUUAUAGAAAGAGAAUGGAACUGAUGCAACAUCAUGUGAAGACACACACAGAAAGCAGCUGCCCUCCUGUUCUGUUUCAGAUUUCUUUUCUCAUGUAAUAAGGCUCUUGGGUUACACUUGUCACUUAAAAGGCAGAAGCGGUGAAUCGCAUGAUGUGAAGUUUUGAUGAGCAGCUGCUCUCUUCCCAGUGUCUUUCCUUGUUUUAUCAGCCACAGCUCUCUUUCUGUCUUGUUUGUGAUUUCUCCCCUCUUUCUACACUGAUUUCAUUCUCUUAACUUUCUUCUCUUCAUAUUAAACAUAAUUUUUGUUCCUCCAGUGUUGCAGACAAUUAGCUUUUCCUUUAAUAAAGGCCUUGUUUACAUUUGUUUUUCAAUUUAAAAAGUAUGCAAAAUGAUAGAAAAUAUCACUAGUGUAACCAAUGACUCUAAGAAUGGAAAAUCUCUUUACAGAUUAGUCAACAUAAAGUUAUCUUGAUAAAGAGCAAAAAGCAUGCUUACUGUGAGCAAUUAUCUGGCAGUUAGAAACACAGGACUUUCGUUAGAAAAUACAUCUUAGUCAGCUUGUCUUCAAUGGAUUCUGUUUCAUCAGAAACACCACCCCCCUGCUUUUUCAUCACAAUCAACUAAAAUUAACAUUUUGCAGUAGCUUAGUAACUGAAUGUGAUCCUCACAGUUGAAAUAAGACAGGAAUUUCACCAUUAUUUCAUUAAACACCCCCACCCCCAGUGAAAAUCAGAUCCUCAGCAUCCAGAUAAAAGAUUAAAUGGCCUAAAAGAUGCACUGCUGAGCCAACUCCUCCCUCCUUAAGGUUCACUGUUUAUCUUGCCCUUUAUCUCUUUUUGCAAGUUCCUAUUACUGGCAGUGGAAACCUGCGAUCAACAGGAAGACACACAAAAAAGGGUCGCAUCUGUCACCAAGAUUCAUUUCUCCAUCUAUGUCAGUAUAUGUGACCAAUAAUUCCUUAGUCUGUGUCACUAAAGCCACAGGAUGAGGUAAAGUAGUAUAUUUUGGGGUGGGGGGGAAGGAGAAAAAAUGAGAAUCUGUUGGCCACUGUUUUGUUUUUCAUACUUGUUGGCAUAUUUUGAUUAACAAUAGAAUUUAAUCUGUUGGUAUGGUUUGAAGCACUUCAAUUGGAAUAUUGUCUUGGUGAUUUAUUCUUUCCAGUUUCUUGAGUGCUGCUUCCACCUCACUUUCCAAAAUUUGGGGUUCAUCUUCAUAUAGUUCUUCAUUUCGUGUGUCAUUCUCUUUUUCAUCUCUUUUAUAUAGUUCUUCUGUGUAUUGCUUUCACCAUCUUUUUAUUGCAUCUUGAUCAUUUAGUAUAUUCCUCUUCUGAUCCUAGAGCAUCCCCAUCCUUGGAUUGAAUUUCCCUUUCAGUUUUUGCAUCUUGUGGAAGAGGCCUCUUGUUUUUCCUUUUUUUGUUGUUGUCUUCUAUUUCUCUGAAUUGUUUAUUACAGUAAUUCUCUUUAUCCAUAUGCACUAGUCGCUGAACAGCUGCCUUCAUUGUUCUGGUUCCAUUGCUAUCUUCCUUUUCUUUUGCUUCUUGUCUUACUACCUGAAGUGUUUCUUCUGGCAUUCAUUGUUUCCUCUCUUUAUUUUUGGACACAGUGUCUUUCUGCAUUUGUCCUUGAUUAUAUGUCCAUAGCUAUUCUGGUUCCUGGUUUAUUAUGCUUAAUAAAGCAAAUUUGUUUCUCA